AUAAGCCUUAAGGAAGCUGAAGUUCAGAUCGCGAGUGUAGCCAGUAUGUGGACUUCUAUGGUCACUGUUCUCUGCCUGGCAACCUGUAUUAGUAAUGCUGAAGACUCAUGUCCAGAAGUAAAAUAUGUGGCAAUUGGAGAAACCGAGAAGUUGACUAUUCUCCGAGGAUGUCCUGGUCUGCCUGGACCUCCUGGACAAAAAGGAGAAGCCGGUCCAUCAGCAGAGAAAGGACCCAAAGGAGACCCCGGGAAGGUUGGACCUGCAGGGCCGCCAGGAUCUGCAGGUUCUCCUGGAUUAAAGGGACAAAAAGGAGAGAAGGGGGAACCUGGCUCCUCAGCUCCAGCAUAUGCUCAUCGAAAUUGCAAGGAACUGCGAGACCAAGGGACUUUCCUCAGUGGUUGGUACAAAAUAUACCCAGAUGGCGAGAAUCCGCUUACAGUCUUGUGUGACAUGGAUACAGAUGGAGGAGGAUGGAUUGUUUUCCAGAGACGUUAUGAUGGCAGUGUGAAUUUUUUUAGAGAGUGGAAAGACUACAAGCAAGGGUUUGGUAACCAACUAAGUGAAUUCUGGCUGGGAAAUGAUAAUAUUCAUCGCCUUACCUCUACAGGAACUCAUCAGCUUCGAGUUGAUCUGACAGAUUUUGAAAAUGAUUCCACUUUCGUCACAUAUGCUUCGUUUGCCCUAUCAGGAGAAGAUGACAAUUAUAAGCUGAACAUUGGCGCUUUCACUGGAGGCAGUACAGGCGACUCUCUCUCUUAUCACAACAAUCGUCCUUUCACAACCAAAGACAGAGACAAUGAUGAAUAUCCACAAAACUGUGCGGUAUCGUUUAAAGGUGCUUGGUGGUACGGAAGCUGCCAUAACUCCAAUCUGAACGGGCAGUAUCUGAGAGGAAAACAUGCCAGCUACGCGGACGGAGUUAAUUGGAAAAGCGGACAAGGGCAGAAUUACUCCUAUAAAAUCACAGAAAUGAAGUUCAGGCCAGUUUAAUACAUACUGUAUAAUGUGAACAGAGACCUUAUGAAUCACGUCAUUGAAAGAUUAAAUUACUGUAUCUGACGUAUAAUAGACCCAGAUCAUAAGGGUCAAGUCUGUGAUCUCGGACCUCCACUAAUAUUUAGCCUACAAAUAAAAUAGUACAUUUUUUGCUGUAAAGGUGUUUGUCUAUGUGUAUGAUGCACCCAGAAUUCAUAAAACAAUCUUUUAUAUGGCUGAUCUGUAUAUGCAACCUCAUAUAUAAUACAUAACUUCCUACAAUAAAUGUUUUCUACUA